GUGGUGUUCAACGUGAACAACGGGGCGGGGCGAGUGUCGGUGCGUUCGAUUGGCCCCUUGCUGUGUGACGGGCUCUGGCACCACCUGGUGGCGAAGAAGACCAAACACAGCCUGAGUCUGAGCGUUGAUGGGAGGAGCUAUUCCACCCCCAACCCUUACCCACAAUCCACCUCUGCUGAGACCAACAACCCUGUCUACCUGGGCGGAUUCCCAGUGGGUGUGAAGCAGAACUGCCUGUCUGUCAGCUCCAGGUUCUCAGGCUGUCUGAGGAAGCUUCAUCUCAUUAAGUCUCACCUGAAUGACGCUCUGGAGUUAAGCUCCGCCCACUUCCUGUUGGGCGUGAUUCCUAACUCCUGUCCUGUUGCUAAGCAACAUGUAGCUCAGCUCUGAUUGGCCGGCGGACACAACAGUUUUGUUUAAUGAAUUGGCCUUUCCUAAUUCCCGCCCCUUUCCACUCUUUUGUCCAAUCAAAAGCUUAUUUUUUACUUGUACUUCCUACCUUGUGCUACGUCUGGUUGGAGCCAGCUAGCAUAAAGCUAACGCUACAUGAAGAAGAGUUAGCACGAUUAACGUCUAUUAUUGUGGGAAAGUUUGAGAUCUGAGAACAUGAAUAAAAGAUUAAUUAAAGUUAACCAGAAAACAUAAUUGAAUCUGUACUUCUGUGAUAAACGACGUUUAUAUAUCAUUGUUGAUGAAGGCUGUUAAAUGAUGCUGUCCUCCCUCCCUCUGUAACUCUGUUUCUUCAUCAAACAAUAAAAUACAUUCAGACAGGAA